AUGGCAAGCGGAGGCGCUAUGAUGGGUGGCGUAGUAGAUCCAGAGACUCUGUAUACGAAGCAGAACUGCAUAGGUGGUGGCAGCUUUGGGAAAGUCUAUAAAGGGUUUGAUAAAAGGACUGGCCAGGCAGUUGCUAUCAAAGUCAUCGAUGUCGAAAAUGCGGACGAUGAAGUGGAGGAUAUCAUACAGGAGAUCUCGAUUCUGUCUGAACUCCACUCGCCCUACGUGACCCAGUACUACGGAUCAUAUCUCAGAGGAUCGGACUUAUGGAUAGUCAUGGAGUUUUGCUCGGGGGGCAGCUGUGGGGAUCUGAUGAAGCCAGGUCUGAUCGGAGAGGACUACAUUUCGAUUAUCAUACGGGAACUGCUGCUUGGUUUGGAAUAUCUGCACGGAGAUAACAAGCUCCACAGAGAUGUCAAGGCUGCCAACGUGCUACUCGGGUCCAAUGGACAGGUCAAAUUAGCAGAUUUUGGUGUAUCUGGACAGCUCUCGGCAACCAUGACCAAGAAGAAUACUUUCGUCGGAACACCCUUCUGGAUGGCCCCGGAAGUCAUCAAGCAAUCCGGCUACGAUCAUAAAGCAGAUAUAUGGUCCUUGGGAAUUACUGCUCUGGAACUGGCGAACGGCGAACCUCCUUAUUCGGAUAUCCAUCCUAUGAAAGUUCUAUUCUUGAUUCCCAAGAACCCACCACCUGAGCUGGAGGGCAACUUUUCGAAAGCAUUCAAAGAGUUUGUCGAGCUUUGCCUUCAAAAAGAUCCAAGGAAGCGGCCAUCUGCAAGAGAUCUGUUAAAGCAUCCAUUUGUUCGGAGGGCGAAGAAGACUUCGUACUUGACGGAGCUGAUCGAGAGAUACGAGCGAUGGGCUGUACAUCACAAGGGAGACGACGAUGACUCUGACGACGGUCACGAAGAGGCUCCACUGUCAAAUGGCGGUAAUGAAGAUCUCUGGGAUUUUGGUACUAUACGACCUGCAGCAGGCAGAGGAACUGCAAGAGCAGGUCUAAAUGCGAUGGGAGAUUCGGCCACGAAUGCUAGAUCCGCGAGGUCAUCCGAGGGCGGGGACGAUUAUGCUGAGCGAUCAAGGAGCUCAUCCCCGACCAAAAUGAAGGAUUCGGGGUAUGUCUCAAGCUUAGACACUGUCAAGGCCAUGAACUCCCCAGCUUCAGAGCAACCCCGCCAAAGCUCGCCACAGAGGAAGCCUGUCCCUAACCUACAGCCUAUCUCUCCUUCGAAAGUUCCUCUACCACCAUCGCCCGAAAAGCAAAGAAUGGCAGCACCAGAAACUCCACGACCGAUUCAACAAUUCUACUCGCCUCCAGCCGAAUCCCCAGACUAUGACCAGUCACUGCAGGAGCAACUCCAGAAAGAUAUGGGUUUCCUGAAUAUGAAAUCUAGCCCCUCUCCUCAGCUGCCACCUGCGGAAUUUAAGCCAGGUAGCACCUCACCACCUGCACCACCCCACCUGGUUUCGCGACUCCCAUCUCAGCAACCACUCCCCAAACUUGGUCCUAUCAAAAUACCAGAGAUACCUCCCUUCCGUGGUUCGGGCCCGCCCUUACAAAAAGUCACCAAUCAAGCCGUUGCUGACCCCUCGAAAGCUCAGCUGCCAGCAUCUCACUCACAGCCUAGCGCAUUACAAAACAUCAAUCCCCGAUACUCUGGUCAACAGCCGUUACCCGCACUCCCAUCAAAGCUCCGCGACAGCACAUCCUCGCGAGAAAGUCUGUCUUCAGAGUCCUCACGGACGCCGACAUCCAUGCCAUCACCAGCAGCCACCAGUCCUAACGGCGAACUCGACGCCCUCAACGAUGUCAUCUUCCCCGCCCUUGAAGAAGCUUUGAAGCGCCGGCAAUACCAUCUGCAGCAAAUGUUCCGCAACUCGGGAGGCACGACACCGAAGCAGCAGCGAGCGCAGGCAGCACACGAGAAAUUGCGGAAGUUAGUGUAUAAGCUUGCGCACGUCUGUAAGGAGAUUGAUUACUUUGAUAAGCAGGAGCCGGUGGGGAUGGGUAAGGACGUUGAUGUGUUUUUGGAAGGGUUGCUGGAGGAGAUUCUAGUAAGGGUUGAGCCGGCUGAUGAUGAGGAUGUGGGUGAGAGGAGAUGA